UCUGUUACUGCCUUACUGGAACUUCUUUUAUAACUAAAAUCUACUGCCAACGAUUUCAAGGGAUUUCAUCAGUGACAAAUGUAAGACUGGCACUUGGAACAGCACCACAAAGUGGGAAGAAAAGGGUGGGUGGUUCCAUCAUCUCAUCAUGGUGCUUCCACCCCCAGAUAAGCGCCACGUGUGUCUCACCACCAUUGUUAUUAUGACCAGCAUGGCAUUCAUGGAUGCUUAUCUGGUAGAGCAGAACCAAGGGCCUCGUAAAAUUGGUGUCUGCAUCAUCGUCCUGGUAGGAGACAUCUGCUUUUUGAUUGUGCUGCGCUAUGUGGCCGUCUGGGUGGGGGCUGAGGUGAAGACAGCCAAACGGGGCUAUGCUAUGAUUCUUUGGUUCCUCUAUAUAUUUGUGCUGGAAAUCAAACUGUAUUUUAUAUUCCAGAAUUAUAAGGCUGAUAAGAGAAAUCUGGAGACGGUGGCCAGAAAGGCACUGACCUUGCUUCUCUCCAUCUGUGUGCCAGGAUUGUAUCUGGUGCUAGUAGCCUUGGACAGCAUGGAAUAUAUACGCACCUUCCGGAAGAAAGAGGAUUUGCGAGGGCGUCUCUUCUGGGUGGCCUUAGACCUAUUGGAUAUCUUAGAUAUUCAGGCCAACCUGUGGGAGCCACACAAGACUGGUCUACCAAUCUGGGCAGAAGGACUCAUGUUCUUCUAUUGCUACAUACUGCUCCUGAUACUGCCCUGUGUUUCCUUGAGUGAGAUUAGCAUGCAAGGAGAGCACAUUGCUCCCCAGAAAAUGAUGCUCUACCCUGUCCUGAGCCUGGUGACCAUAAACAUGGUUACCAUAUUCAUCCGAGCCAUUAAUAUGGUCCUAUUCCAAGACAGCAGAGUCUCUACGAUCUUCAUUGGCAAGAAUAUAAUUGCCAUUGCCACCAAGGUCUGCACAUUCCUGGAGUACAAGAAGCAAGUGAAGGAGUUCCCACAAAAUGCCAUUGCACUUGAGCUGCAGCAGAACUCAGUGCCCCACAACCAGACCCUCCACAGUACACAAGGCCUUCCUCAUGAGCAGUCCCCCACCAGGGAGAUUUUGGACACAUGAUGGGCCUCUUCUUAGAUAUCAGCAUUGGUUCUUGUUUUCUUGGGUGGAGGUGGGGAGAGGCAAUCCUGCUCUCAUCCCAGCAUGGAGAGCUGCUUCCAGCACAAGAUUUUAACAAAUGGUGGAACAUCCCCUGCAACUCAGGUAUUUCCUAGGGGCCCUCUGGAAAGAAAACAAAACUAAUGAACCUUCCAAGCAGAACCUCACCCACUCUAGCAUCUGAUCUUUUCUAUCUGUUUGUUACCUGUGCGUCAACUUGUAAGGAAUGAGAAUUUUUGUUAUCACAAUCUUUUUUAAAGAAAGGGACAGGGCGGGAUGGGAGA